AUUUUGGCUUUUUCCAUCAUAGUUCUUUUCCAGUUUCUCCCAAGAAUUUACUGAGACAUGCUAUAUCAGGUUAGUUAUUUUCUUUUCCUGUUCGUCUCCCCUCUAAUUCCAUGCCCAAAUACGUGUACAGAAAUGAUGUCAUGGUUCAGGGCAACACACAGCUCUUCCAAUCUACCACUAAGCAUCUGUGUGACCUCGGGCAGUUUCAUUUUCCAAAUUCACCACUGUGAACCUGCCUAUGACUUAAUUUUUUGAGUGGAAAAGAAACAUUAGGGAUGACCACAUACCAAAUUAGGACUUUCUACUCGUUUGGCUUUGGCUCCAGUUGUAAACAGUAGCAACUAUUCUGAUUUGGGAAACAUGUGGCAGCAAUUUAUUAUGAGAGUUUAUGCUUGAGCUGAGCUGCGUUGGCCUCUCUGGCCAAGUGCACACGUCAUGCGAAAAUAUGUUUUCUUCCUUCUUCAGAUGGAGCUGACUUGCCUCUCUGGUACGGCCUCUGCCUGCUUGCCUGUGUUCAAGUAUCUUGCAGCUCUGGUCUGCUGGAUUGCCAUUUAUCCACCUUCAAAACCUUACAAAUGACUUUUCUCUCCAAAUUCUCCUAUUCUUCCCAGUGAACAAGCUGCACAGCUUCUUCCUGUGUAAAUCGUAUUCCAAAACUUUGACGUUAACCUUAUUUUCUUUUCUUGCAUCUUCUGAUAAACUCUGUCCCCUGGAACAACCACCUUCAUUAUUUCACCUUUUCUUUGGGAGAGACUUAAGCGAGGCCACUUUGCUGAACCCUUUAGCAUCAAUAACGUCACACCUCUGUGAGCACUGAUCUGCUUGAGGAGCAGUAUCUAUACGGUCUGCCAGGUCCCAGGUGGGCUGAGGAAAGGUUUUUCACUAAUAACACUGCCCUUUCUUCCAAAGAUAAUGGAGAAAAACAGGGAAGGGAUGAAUGAGGAUCUUGCAAUAAGGUUUUCUAGUUAACGCAGCACUAUGUGAAUUGUAGGAACAAAUUCAAAGUCUUUCAACACUGCCUCAAGCCUGGUGUUUUUCAAACUUGCCUGGAUGCUUACUAUUUGGCUUCAAACUUAGGUGCUUUAAUGAAAGCCGACUGACUUGCAGAGGUCUUGAGUGACCCAGUCUUCCCAUUGUCUGCUGAAACAAAAUAAUUAAAAUAAACCCCUUUCAGCUAUUUUGUUGAGAUAUGAAAAGCAAUUAGUGGUAUGCUCUGAAAUACCUCUGUCUUAUAAACCACCCUGAAGGUGGUAAGAAUUCCCCCGGCCAUGUGGGUAAAAUGAAAUGAUCCAUUUAUAAUUUUCUUACCUUGACAAAAUGCAGGGAGUGACUCAAAUAUGUCCCAUCCUUAUGGAAAUUAAUUGUGUUAAUGGGAUGAUUAGAAUUUAAAGCUACUGUCAUCAAACUGGUUUUUGCGGCUAAUGAUGGUUCUUGGGAAGAUUAUGUCAUAACGAAGGCGGAGAAUCUGCUCAUCUAUAUAUACGUGAUCUGACCUGAGCCCUUUCUUUGGGUCUCAUUGAGCAAUGCACUAAUAGAGUCAACACAGGCAAACAGUCGCCACCCUCACCAUGAAAAUAGAAGGUGCCUCGGUGGUCCUUGCUCUGGCAUUUUUCUGCUUCUUCUCAGAUGUUGCCAGCCAAGCUUCGAUUAAGGAUCUCGAUGGCCUCCGAGGGAACCCUCCGCUGACUACCCUCUUCCGCACGUUUCAGAACGAGUGCAUGAAAAUUUGGUCCCUCCUUCGCAGUGGCAAGUUUUCCUGCCCCACCAACAAGCAGCCCAUCAACGGCCCGGAUGGCAAGAGGGACCUCAACAAGUGCCUGAUGUGCCAGAGGCUGCUGGAAAGAGACUCAAAAAACAAAGGGAGUGGUGGAGAAGUGAACAGAGACGUGAGCUCCGGAGAGGAUGAGUGCCGGGAGUUUCGGGAUCUGUUCAAGAAAGGGAAACUUUCUUGUACAAGAGAGAAUGACCCUGUCCGGGAUUCCUCAGGGAAGCAGCACAGCAAUAAGUGCAUCAUGUGUGCAGAGAAGUUCAAAAGGGAGAAUGAGCAUAAAGCAACUACAACCAGAGGAAGAAAUGAUAAGGAUGACUGCAGUGAGUAUCGCUCCCAGUUCGAGGCUGGAGGACGGCUGUCCUGCACGCGGGAGAACGACCCUGUUCGGGAUUCCUCUGGCAAGCAGCACACCAACAAGUGUCUCAUGUGUGCAGAGAAGUUCAAAAAAGAAGCCCAAAGAGGAGGCCAGUCUGGUGGAACUGCCCAGCGCAACAAACCGCUCACUGCAGAGUGUGCAAACCAGAAGAGUUGCAUGAACAACAGACGGCCCUUCUCCGCAAACAGAGGCCCACAAGGAAACUCGGCCCAGAGCGGUAGGGACUGCAGCCCAGGCGCCUGGCCGCACAGGACAGCGUGGAGGCCCCGACACCUACCAGCCGGAGAGCGUCAGUCUACAUCACAGUAAACUAUCGAGGUGAAUGCCGAAACUCUGUCCCUGAAAUGAAGUAAUGGAGUUCAGACUGCCAGCAAAUACCAGGGAUCAGCUGUGACCAAAGGGCAAGUAAAGGAAGAGCUGACGUCAAGCAUCAGGGGAGCUGCGGAGUUCCCAGCGCUGUUGGAGUCACCUUUGUCCCCUUCUGCAGCAAACGGGCCUGUCCUUGCUCAGGUGGAGGGCGAAGAGUUGUGGGGACCCAGCGGUGGCUUCCCAAGUUGGCCCCACGCGUGCUGUUGCGGUUGCUGCUCGGCUCGGGCUCUGCCACCUCGCUGUGUCUUAGCGUGCUUCUACAAUAAAGAUAACUCCACAGCG